UGCUAAGAAGUUACCUCCCCCUCCUUUAGUCCUUGCUCCCAACGACACAAGAAAUGGCCUCGUUCCGCAUGCUGGACCGAGCCCAAUGUUAUCAUCCUCCAGUGGAGGCGACAGUAUGAGUCUGCCUUAUGCGCAUUCAGGUGCAAGAGGGACGCCGGUCGUGGAUGAGAUAGGGGACGAUGAUGGACUCUCCCUGGACAUGGACCAAGAAUAUAUGCGACCACGGAGUCCUGAAGAAAAGCGCGGCGGUGUAGUUUUCGAGGACCUCAAUCUCGGUUUAGAUCUGGGAGAUGAAGAUGAAGAGUACGACAAGAAUGAUCCGAAUGAUCAACGCAGAAGCCGAUAUCUCAUGAGAGCCAAACUUGACGAUACUGAACGGACUUUGGCACAGUUUUUGAGACACAUCAAAACGGAUGAUUUGGACCAACAUAUUACAAUAACUCAUGCCUGA